AUGCAAAAUUACUAUGCAGAAUCUACUGUUGGAUUAAAGGAGCUAUUGGCAACACAGAGGGACAUUAAUAAUAUGGAGAUGAUCGUCCUUACCGAGGAUUCACUGGCUGCAGUCAGUGCUGCAUCCUGCAAAGUUCUGCCAACAAAUGCACCACAUGCCACUGCCCUUCCUCUAUCCCCAGCUGCCAUACUUCCAGUAAGCUAUCGUCUGUCCAACACCCGUUUGGCCUUCUUCUUGCGAGAAGCUGGGCAUCUGCCAACGUGGAAUUCAAGCACACCCUUAUUACAUCGCUCAGAGCCAUUGGUGGUGUUUCAGACAAAGGAAUUACCAGUUCUGAAUGUAACUUUGGGACCUUUUGCUGCUGGACAGGUGUUACCAAAAGAGUUGCUUCAACCUUCAAGCACACUAGAAGUUCCUGACUGGCUUACUGUAAACUGGAAGGUAAGAACCUACAUUAUACGGACACGAGUGCCUGCCAGUCACCCAGUUGUACAGGUCCUCUUUUAUGUAGCCGGACGGGACUGGGAUGAUUUUGGAGUUACAGAACGUCUGCCAUGUGUCCGUCUUCACGUAUUCCGUGAAGUCAGGGAGAUCAAGAGUUCAUGCCGAUUAAGAGGAAGCUUAGCCACUUGUCUUGCACAGGCUGAACUUCCUCAAAGCUGGUUUGGACUAACGGCUGUACCCAUGGGAAGACAGAAACCAUCUACUGGUGGAGUAGAGCUGAAUGGAGAAACUCACCAAGUGGAACUGUUCUACACUUUGCAUAGUCCGGACCCUGCUGGUGGAUGUCAGGGUGAGGUGGGAGCUCGUAAGGGAGGAGAAGCACCCACCCAGCACCCCCUUCUUCGAAUUGGCAGUGUCAGCCUAUACCAGCCAGUUCAGUUGGAGCAAAUGCAAGAACAGCAGUUGGAUCCAAAUAUUUUCAUCAGAUUACCAGACAGACCUCUAAGGCCAGGAGAGAUCCUUAGUAUCAUGCUCUAUUUGGUGGGAAACUCCAGUGUAGAGCACUUCACACUCAGGGUGAAAGCAAAGAAAGGAAUCAAUCUACAGAGUACCAGAUCAAGAGAUACCCAAUGGUUGGUGAACUCCGAACUUCUGACAGGUGGCAAACACUCCACUGCCACAGUGGAUGUUUCACGGGUUCAGGGUCUGCCAUACAGGACGGAUGAUGCCCCUUAUCAGAUAAUGCAGCUGGACUUUGAGAUGGAGAAUUUCACUAGUCAGUCAGUCACAAGACGCAUAAUGUGGCACCUAGAUUAUAGAGGGAGAAAUCCCCCUCCUGAUCUGGAAAAAGCUGUUACUGAGCUAACGGUAAUACAGAAAGACAUUCGAGCCAUCGUCCCUCUUGCAAUGGACACAGAAAUAAUAAACACAGCCAUUUUAACUGGACGGACAGUAGCCAUCCCUGUGAAGGUCCUGGCCAUUGAGACUUCUGGAGAUAUUACAGAUAUAUCACCUCACACUACAUGCAAAUCCAGUAAUGAGGACAUCAUCAAGGUGUCAAGCAGCUGUGACUACGUGUUUGUGAGCGGAAAAGAGACCAGAGGCUCUAUGAAUGCCCAAGCCAUUUUUAGCUAUGAGCACCUAAACGCACCCCUGGAAAUGACUGUUUGGGUUCCAAAACUCCCAUUGUACAUCGAACUUUCCGACUCCAAACUGAGUCAGGUGAAAGGGUGGAGAAUCCCUAUACUGCCAGACAGACGGUCUGUACGUGACAGUGAUGAUGAUGACGAUGAGGAUGAUAGAAAGCUAAGCCGCGGGUGUACCUUGCAGUAUCAGCAUGCUACGCUACAAGUAUUUACUCAGUUCCAUACAACGUCCUCUGAAGGAACUGACCAGGUUAUCACCAUGCUGGGCCCUGACUGGCUCGUGGAGGUUACUGAUCUAGUCAAUGACUUUAUGCAAGUGGAAGACCCACGAGUAGCAGAAAUGGUUGAUAGCACUACGUUGGCAGGACGAGAACCUGGGACAACUGCCUUUAAAGUGGUGUCCCCACUCAUGGAGGCAGUGCUAGGCGAGACCAUGAUUACUGUGACAGAUGAAAAGGUCAGCAUUACUGAGCUACGGGCGCAGGUGAUAUCUGGAUUGUCUCUCUCACUGCAUCCCAGCCCGGGAAACAGCCACACUAUAAUAGCCAAAACAAGUGCUCAGCACAUACUGAAAUAUCCAAAACAGGAAGGCCUGUUAAAUCUUUGGCUCACGUUCAGCGAUGGGACUACAGCUCCUCUUUCACUCUACGACCCUAAAGAUUAUACAUUAACGUUAAACAGCUCGGAUCAGCGGAUUGUCUCUGUGAGUCCUGAACGGGCAUAUCCAUUAGUGAUAGCUGGAGAGGAGGAAGGCACAGGUGCAUUCCUGCGAGCAGAGAUGAUUAUAAAUGAGAGCUGCCAAAAAACAAAGAGGAAGAGCAUACUUGCUACUUCAACAGCUGUAGCACAGGUCAUUUUUAGCCUGGAUGAGCCUGUGGAUGAGACUGAACCAGGGAAAUUGGUGAGUGUGGAGCCCCCACAUUUUCCUGCGCAAGAAAGUAAAGAAAUAUUUGGCACAACUUCCGUUGCUCUCCUAACCACACCUGUGGAAGAUCGUAGCUCACAUGGUUCUGGGGAAUAUCCAUUACCUAUUCCUACUGUCUUUCCUCAGAUGCCUAGAGGCCUAACAGAUCUGGAGAUUGGGAUGUAUGCCCUCCUUGGGGUCUUCUGCCUUGCCAUUUUGGUGUUCCUCAUAAACUGUAUUGUAUUUGUUUUGAAGUAUCGACACAAGAGGGUGCCACCUGAGGGCCAGGCUAACCCAGAUCAUUCUCAUCAUUGGGUCUUCCUAGGAAAUGGGCAGCCUCUAAGGGCACGAGGAGAAUUGUCACCCCCACCUGAAAGUCCAGGUAACCCUUUAGAGGUUGGAACUCUACCACCUCAUCAUGCUUCCUGCUGUAGAGGGGAGGGAAGGGGAAGCAGUAGUAACAGCAGCUCCCAAGCUAGUGUGCAAAGCCAGUCUCAUGGACGGGGGGAUGGUUCCUCUGGUGGCGGUGGCUCAAGCCGGGAAGCAAGUGAAGACCCUCUAAGUUCUUCUCCAACAUCCAAACGCAAGCGAGUGAAGUUUACCACUUUUACCAGCUUGCCAAGUGAAGGGAGUGUCUAUGAUGCAGUACCAGGAACAGAGGAAAACGAUCUGGAAUGGGUUUGUCGGGACAUGGGACUACGAGAUCCACAGGAACUUAGAGACUACAUCAGGAGAGUCAGAGAAAUGGCAUAGCUUUGGUAUUUGUUGGGACAAUAUUAACAAACAGUAUGAACGAA